AUGGCACCCUCACAACAGGCGUCGUGGAGGAACGCUCCUACGGCGGAGCAGCUAGCGGCGAGGAAUGCGGUUGGCAUCAACAAAGAGACAGUGACGAAUAUUACAUCGGUCGAUUUCCCAGGCCACUACCCUGGCGAGGAACUGUCGUACUCGACGGAGAAGUUCCGCAAGGGCUUCAGCGUGACGUUCCAUGAGAACGCGGAACACCUGGCGUCGUUUUCGCUACGGGGCAUCGACGCGUCGCUGGCCAACGCCUUCCGGCGGAUUAUGAUGUCGGAGAUACCGACGCUGGCGAUCGAGAACGUCUUCAUCGAGAACAACACGUCUGUGAUACAGGACGAGGUGCUGGCGCACCGGCUGGGGCUCAUCCCUUUCCGGGGAGGGCGCGAGGGCCUGCGGGACUUCCUCAAGUGGCACAAGAAGCCGGCCGAGGGCGAGGACCCUUACUCGACCUGCUUCGACUACAACACGGUCCGCCUCGAGCUGGACAUCACCUGUACGGUCAACGAGGACGCUGACCCGGCCGAGACAGACCCCCGUGUCGCCUACCACAACGCCCACGUCUACGCGCGCGACAUCGUCUUCGAGCCCACCGGCGACCAGGACAGGUACUUCUCCGGCGACGACGCCAUCAGGCCCGUCAACCCGGACAUCCUCAUUGCCAAGCUCCGCCCCCGCCAGACCAUCAGCCUCUCCAUGCAUAUGCACAAGGGUAUCGGCUCCGACCACGCAAAGUUCUCACCCGUCGCCACCGCCUCCUACCGCCUCAUGCCCACCAUCGACAUCCUCCGCCCCAUCAUUGGGCCCGACGCCGAGAAGUUCGCUCGCUGCUUCCCCCAGGGCGUCAUCGCCCUCGAAAAGGUCUCCGCCCAGGAGGCCGCCACCAAGGGCAGCGGCUACGAGGGCCACGCCGGCGAGCUCAAGGCCGUCGUCGCAGAUCCCAUGCGCGACACCGUCAGUAGGGAGUGCCUCCGCCACGAGGAGUUCGAGGGCAAAGUCAAGCUCGGUCGUCGCAGGGACCACUUCAUCUUCUCUGUCGAGAGUGCUGGCCAGUGGGACAGUGAUGACCUCUUCCUCGAGUCUGUCAAGCACCUCAAGCUCAAGUGCAAGAAGCUCGAGCAGCAGGUCAUCAACAUGGUUCGGUAA